CUCCAACAGGUCAAGACUUGGAAACCAGGUUCAGCGGGUAGAUCAAGGCAAAAGGACUGCCCAGAGGGUGCGGUGAACCUCAAUUGUACUUUGUAACUUUUUGUGAAUAAGGCCCCCGGAAGAUUUGAGUAGGUAGACCGUGCAAAGAAUGCCGCGGCGGUAACAGGGCUAGGCCCGUCCAAACCAAUCCACGAUGACCAACACACCAAGGCCCUCCCUCCCCCGGGAACAAGAGCCGACGACGUAAUGGCGUUAUGCCGGGGGCUGCAGUAAGUGGUCUUUCUAUGCCGUCCUUGCGUACGCACGGCUCUGGCGGUCGCUCGGGCUGGGCUGGGCGGCCGUGAAUCUUGACGACGAUGAUGAUGAUGUUGAUGACUCUCUACCACUGCUCUUUCGGUUUUGGCGGUGCUUAGCCUCCCCCCGACAAGCGCCGCACUAUCUGAUGUGGACUGUCACUACUGUCAUCUGUGAGGUGGGAACUUUAUGGGGAACACUAUGCGCCGGCCUUCCAUUCGGGGAGCUCUUGGGGGUAGGUACGUUGGCUAGUUUUAUUGUCUCUUCUAGGCCUUUUUCGACCUCCCGGUUUUUGAAACUUUUCAGGUUGUGUUGGUUUCCUUUCCUUGUUUCUGACUUUUCCUUUUCGUUUGUCUCUGUUUCUUCAGCUGCAGUCGAGACACUUUUUUUUUUUCACUUUACCGACUCUAUUUGACAAACCACUGCAAGGGAUGAUCUGUACUGCUCAUUCAUUAAAGUAAAAUGGCUGGAGAGAGACAGAGAGAGAGGAAAAAGAGAGGAGAAUGAUGAAUGCGGUCAAAAGGUACUUCCAGAUACAUACAUACCUCUCCUUCCCCGGCCAAAAAAGUUCAAUAGCUUGCGGAUGAGCCGGACGAUGCAGCAUGCAGCACGUCAAGGUUCCUUGAUCCGCCUUUUGGCUCAGAGAGGUCGAGAAAAACCCAAGCCCUU